CGGGCUCCGGCGGGGGCAACCCUGUGCCGGGCCCCGGGGCAGGCGGCGGGGCACUAUGGCCCGCGCCCAGGCUCUCGUCCUGGCGCUCACCUUCCAGCUCUGCGCGCCCGAGACCGAGACUCCGGCAGCCGGCUGCACCUUCGAAGAGGCGAGUGACCCAGCAGUGCCCUGCGAGUACAGCCAGGCCCAGUACGACGACUUCCAGUGGGCCCAAGUGCAGAUCCAGCCGGGCACCCGAGCUCCUGCGGACCUGCCUCACGGCUCCUACUUGAUGGUCAAUGCUUCCCAGCAUGGCCCAGGCCAGCGGGCCCACAUCAUCUUCCAGAGCCUGAGUGAGAAUGAUACCCACUGUGUGCAGUUCAGCUACUUCCUGUAUAGCUGGGAUGGGCAUAGCCCGGGCACCUUGGGCAUCUACGUGCGUGUCAAUGGGGGUCCCCUGGGCAGUGCCGUCUGGAAUAUGACUGGAUCACAUGGUCGCCAGUGGCACCAGGCCGAGCUGGCUGUCAGCACAUUCUGGCCCAACGAAUAUCAGGUGCUGUUUGAGGCCCUCAUCUCCCCAGACCGCAGGGGCUACAUGGGCCUAGAUGACAUCCUGCUUCUCAGCUACCCCUGCGCGAAGGCCCCGCACUUCUCCCGCCUGGGCGAUGUGGAGGUCAACGCUGGCCAGAACGCCUCCUUCCAGUGCAUGGCAGCGGGCAGAGCAGCAGAGGCCGAGCACUUUCUCCUGCAGCGGCAGAGCGGGGCGCUAGUGCCCGCGGCCAGCGUGCGGCACAUCAGCCACCGGCGCUUCCUGGCUACCUUCCUGCUGGCCUCCGUGAGCCGCUCGGACCAGGACCUGUACCGUUGCGUGUCCCAGGCCCCGCGAGGCGCGGGCGUCUCCAACUUCGCAGAGCUCAUCGUCAAGGAGCCCCCCACCCCCAUCGCGCCGCCGCAGCUGCUGCGCGCGGGUCCCACCUACCUCAUCAUCCAGCUCAACACCAACUCCAUCAUUGGCGACGGGCCGAUCGUGCGCAAGGAGAUUGAGUACCGCAUGUCGCGCGGCCCGUGGGCCGAGGUGCAUGCCGUCAGCCUGCAGACGUACAAACUAUGGCACCUUGACCCCGACACGGAGUACGAGAUCAGUGUGCUGCUCACGCGCCCCGGUGAUGGAGGCACCGGCCGCCCUGGGCCACCCCUCAUCAGCCGCACCAAGUGUGCAGAACCCAUGAGGGCCCCCAAAGGCCUGGCUUUCGCGGAGAUCCAGGCCCGCCAGCUGACGCUGCAGUGGGAGCCCCUGGGCUACAACGUGACUCGCUGCCACACGUACACGGUGUCCCUGUGCUACCACUACACACCGGGCAGCAGCCACAACCAGACUGUCCGGGAGUGUGUGAAGCUGGAGCAGGACGCCAGCCGCUACACCAUCAAGAACCUGCCCCCCUACCGGAAUGUUCACGUGCAGCUCAUCCUCACCAACCCCGAGGGACGCAAGGAGGGCAAAGAGGUCACCUUCCAGACAGACGAGGAUGGUAAGAGUCCCGCCCUGGUUCCCGGGAUCAGCUAUCAGAGCAUUGAGUCGUCAGACCCGGCGGUGAAUGUGCCGGGCCCACGACGUACUAUCUCCAAGCUCCGCAACGAGACCUACCACGUCUUCUCCAACCUGCACCCGGGCACCACCUACCUGUUCUCUGUGCGGGCCCGCACGGGCAAAGGUUUUGGCCAGGCGGCACUCACCGAGAUCACCACCAACAUCUCAGCCCCCAGCUUUGAUUAUGCCGACAUGCCGUCACCCCUGGGCGAGUCUGAGAACACGAUCACCGUUCUGCUGAGGCCGGCACAGGGCCGCGGCGCGCCCAUCAGUGUGUACCAGGUGAUUGUGGAGGAGGAGCGGCCUCGGAGGCUGCGUCGGGAGCCCGGCAGCCAGGACUGCUUCCCAGUGCCCUUGACUUUUGACGCUGCGCUGGCCCGGGGCCUGGUGCACUACUUCGGGGCCGAACUGGCGGCCAGCAGUCUGCCGGAAGCCAUGCCCUUCACGGUGGGUGACAACCAGACCUAUCGGGGCUUCUGGAACCCGCCGCUGGAGCCCAGGAAGGCCUACCUCAUCUACUUCCAGGCAACAAGCCACCUGAAGGGGGAGACCCGGCUGAAUUGCAUCCGCAUCGCCAGGAAAGCUGCCUGCAAGGAAAGCAAGCGACCCCUGGAGGUGUCCCAGAGAUCGGAGGAGAUGGGGCUCAUCCUGGGCAUCUGUGCGGGGGGACUUGCCGUCCUGAUCCUUCUCCUGGGGGCCAUCAUUAUCAUCGUCCGUAAGGGGAGGGACCACUAUGCCUACUCCUACUACCCAAAGCCUGUGAACAUGACCAAAGCCACCGUCAAUUACCGCCAGGAGAAGACCCACAUGAUGAGUGCCGUGGACCGGAGCUUCACGGACCAGAGCACCCUGCAGGAGGAUGAGCGGCUGGGCCUCUCCUUCAUGGACACCCAUGGCUACAGCCCCCGGGGAGACCAGCGCAGUGGCGGGGUCACCGAGGCCAGCAGCCUCCUGGGGGGCUCGCCGCGGCGUCCAUGUGGCCGGAAGGGCUCCCCAUAUCACACGGGGCAGCUGCACCCCGCAGUGCGUGUGGCCGAUCUCCUGCAGCACAUCAACCAGAUGAAGACCGCUGAGGGCUAUGGCUUCAAGCAGGAGUACGAGAGUUUCUUUGAAGGCUGGGAUGCCACAAAGAAGAAAGACAAGGUCAAGGGCAGCCGGCCAGAGCCCGCGCCUGCCUAUGAUCGGCACCGAGUGAAACUGCCCCCGAUGCUGGGAGGCCCGGAUGCCGACUACAUUAACGCCAACUACAUAGACGGUUACCACCGGUCAAACCACUUCAUAGCCACUCAAGGGCCGAAGCCCGAGAUGGUCUACGACUUCUGGCGCAUGGUGUGGCAGGAGCACUGUUCCAGCAUUGUCAUGAUCACCAAGCUGGUGGAGGUGGGCAGGGUGAAAUGCUCCCGGUACUGGCCGGAGGACUCGGAUAUGUACGGGGACAUUAAGAUCACGCUGGUGAAGACGGAGACUCUCGCUGAGUAUGUCGUGCGCACCUUUGCCCUGGAGCGGAGAGGCUACUCUGCCCGGCAUGAGGUCCGCCAGUUCCACUUCACAGCGUGGCCAGAGCAUGGCGUCCCCUACCACGCCACAGGGCUGCUGGCCUUCAUCCGCCGCGUGAAGGCCUCCACCCCACCUGACGCUGGGCCCGUCGUCAUCCACUGCAGCGCGGGCACUGGCCGCACAGGCUGCUACAUCGUUCUGGAUGUAAUGCUGGACAUGGCGGAGUGUGAGGGCGUGGUGGACAUUUACAACUGUGUGAAGACCCUCUGCUCCCGGCGCGUCAACAUGAUCCAGACAGAGGAGCAGUACAUCUUCAUUCAUGAUGCAAUCCUGGAGGCCUGCCUGUGUGGGGAGACCACUAUCCCUGUCAGCGAGUUCAAGGCCACCUACAAGGAGAUGAUCCGCAUUGACCCUCAGAGUAAUUCCUCCCAGCUGCGGGAAGAGUUCCAGACGCUGAACUCGGUCACACCACCCCUGGACGUGGAAGAGUGCAGCAUCGCCCUGCUGCCCCGGAACCGGGACAAGAACCGCAGCAUGGAUGUCCUGCCACCGGACCGCUGCCUGCCCUUCCUCAUCUCCACCGACGGGGACCCUAAUAACUACAUCAACGCGGCCCUGACCGAUAGCUACACGCGGAGCGCAGCCUUCAUCGUGACCUUGCACCCGCUACAGAGCACCACACCUGACUUCUGGCGGCUAGUCUAUGAUUACGGGUGCACCUCCAUUGUCAUGCUCAACCAGCUGCACCAGUCCAACACUGCCUGGCCAUGCCUGCAGUACUGGCCAGAGCCGGGUCGGCAGCAGUAUGGCCUCAUGGAGGUGGAGUUCGUGUCAGGCUCAGUGGAUGAAGACCUGGUAGCCCGUGUCUUCCGGGUGCAGAACAUGUCUCGGCUGCAGGAGGGACACUUGCUGGUGCGGCAUUUCCAGUUCCUGCGCUGGUCCGCCUACCGGGACACGCCUGACUCCAGGAAGGCCUUCCUGCACCUGCUGGCCGAGGUGGACAAGUGGCAGGCCGAGAGUGGGGACGGGCGCACUGUCGUGCACUGCCUAAACGGGGGUGGCCGCAGUGGUACCUUCUGCGCCUGUGCCACAGUUCUGGAGAUGAUCCGCUGCCACAACCUGGUGGACGUUUUCUUUGCUGCCAAAACGCUUAGGAACUACAAGCCCAAUAUGGUGGAAACCCUGGAUCAGUACCACUUUUGCUAUGAUGUGGCCCUGGAGUACCUGGAGGGGCUGGAGUCAAGAUAGCGGGGCCCCGGGCCUGAGGCACCCACUGUGCACUCAGAGCCAGGCCCAGCACCGAUGAGGAAGACCUGCACCCCUAACUCUGCUCCAUGACAGCCCUCCUGGGGACCGCACUAGAGUGGUCACUGGGCCAUCUUGGUGCCCCUUCCAUGGUGCAUGGGGCCUUUCACCGUGUCGGAUGGGCAGGCUGGGGGCCAAGGAUAAGCUUAGCGGUUCCGUAGCCCAGCCCACCUCCAUAGGGUCCUGUAGGUCGUGCUGUGAGUCUGGCACUGCCUGGUAGAGUGACAGGGGCUCAGAAUUGCCAGCUUGGAAGGACCCAGGCCCAAGCUUCUUGACUCCAGGCUCAGGCCCCUUGACUCUGUCCCAGCCCUUGACAGAGAUGAGUAAGGCCCCAUGGGGCCUGUGCGUGGCCAAAGUUUCCACCCAGCGUGGCUUCCUCUGGAUAGGGGUAGAGAGUGCACUGGGGCUUGGCAUCUGGAAUCCCAUCUGGCCCGAUCCCUGAGGGUCCUGGGUAGCCUGGGCACAUCAGACUGGUCCUCUCUGGAGGGGACAAUGGCCCCUCCUCCACCCUGCUGCCCCUCUACAGUCCAGGGGAUAUGUUGUUCAUGAUCCCUGCCACUAUUACGUCUUUGACGUGUGCUCUGAGCUUCCUUGUACCAAGACCCGCCCAUCCUCACCCUGUUCUCCGUGGGGCCCCUUCCUGGCUAACCCGGUGUCUGCGGAAUGAAGGCACCUCAACCUUUCUUCCUGUAGCUUGCAGACCUCACUGGCAGGUCCUCCUCAGCCCAGGCCAUGAUAAUCUGCAAGGCUGAACGACAGCCCUUGAGGUUGAGGUCUGUGUGGCUCCGGGUUGGGCUGCGCGCUGCCGACGGGUCGCUGCUAGUUCAGGGGUGCCUGUGGCUUCUACAGUUCAGAGGAAGAAGGUGUAUUUUGGGAUGGCAGAGUAAUUCUUUUUUGUGCAUAUCAUUAUUUUUUGAUGGGUGGGUGGGAAAAAAUCUCUUGAAAAUGGGGCAGGCCACACCCCCAUUCCGUGCCUCAAUAUCCCCAUCUGUAAACUGUAGAUAUGACUACUGACCUACCUCGCAGGGGGCUGUGGGGAGGCAUAUGCUGAUGUUUGUAAAGCGCUUUGUAAAUAAAUGUGCUCUCUGAAUGCCACA